CUGUGACGUAAUUAAUGUUGACGUCAUAGAUGUUUGACGAGGACCGAAGCUGUUACAAAUUUAAGAUGGCGUGAUCUGGUGUGUGUGUGAGCAGCAACAGCAGCAGCAGCAUGGGAAGAAAAGCAUCGUCCGAGGAGUUUCACUGUUAACUGAAUAAAGACGAGUCCGCUCUCAGCCCUUGUACGGCAAGCACCAGAGACAAUAUUUCAUCUCACACCAGAAGAAAGAAUCUGAGCACGACGCCGUCUAAAGAUGUUAGCUGCAACAAGUGACAACCAGCCAGGCGAUGUGUCUGCAACAGCUUACUGCGUAGGUCGGGCAGACCUCGCGACAGAACGGCGUCUGUCGGAGGGUUUCCUGCCGUUCCACAGAGACACGUUGUGCUUGUGUACCAGUGACCACAACCUUGCCGGACAGGAGCGAUGCUUGAGCUACAGCCGGUGUCAGGAAAUCAUGGGCGUGGGCCACUAUGGUCUCGGUCAGCAGCAGCAAGAGAUGGCAGGCGGACACACAGUGCAGCUGCCUCACAACUCUGCAGACCUUGACAUGCUACUGCUGCAUCCUGCCCAGGUCGGCGCUCCAGAGGACGACUGCGCUUUUGACUACGUCAGGGGUGAAGAGAUGCUAAGUACAGGAUGCGACGGUUGCAAAGAUUCGCCAGAAGCAUCAAGCACCCGGCAGUGUUCGGAAAGGGAAUCUGAGUGCGGCGCCUUCCCCUGCUCAAGCGAGGACGAGUGGCACCGGAAUGCGACUUUGGCUCGUGCUGCAGAUGUGCGCCAGAUGAAGGCCACCAGCUUUGUUGUUACCCAGACUCUUUCGUCCUCGACGAGUUGUCUAUCCGACACCAACCUUAAUGCUGACCCGCUCAGUCCACCAGUCACUUGCCAAAUGGAUGUCGGUCUGUCACGUUCUGUUCUGAAAGCAGCCGCAUUGGUUACUGCGUCAAGUAACGAGCAGAGAGGCAACCGUGGUGCAGAGGAUGUUGGCACAUCCUCACGGAUUGAAGCGCCAGACAGCCAUGCGAGCAGCGAAAUAAACAACUGUAUGUCCCAUUGUGUUAUGCCAUCGCGGCAUGCGACCCUCUUCAGGCAGGUCGACGAAUCCCGUGACAAGAAUACGCAGGCACAGUGCAGAGUCUGUCCACCACGUCUGUGGAACGUGAAGAAGCAACGAGAAGUUACAUCUACAGCACGAGUGGCAAACUGUUUUGAAGAUUAUGCCGACGGGAACCGCAGAUGGGCCGCUGUUGCCAAGACUCUAAUGCUAAUUCGUUCAGACAGCGGCACGGAGUGCAGUCAUUCCCAGGUAAGAGAAAUUAACUGUCCACCCACUGACUUCCUCCACACUGAGGGCGAACGCUUUCGAGACAGGAAUACCGUCGCAGAGCUUGAACACUGGGCUGAUGAGAACGACAACACUCCCAAUUUUACUUCACAAACAAGGUUUAAGCGAUCUUUCAAAGAUAUGCAACAUCUAGAUGGAAGGCAGGCACCAUUGUUUCUUCACGAGGCUCACAGGCCGAUCUGCGACAGUGAUACACGGAGUUCUCAGAACGUGCUUCUUCGCUGUGGGCAAUCGGUUAGUAGCAUUACAUUUCCAGCCAUUGUCGACUUGAGAAGUUGUGACAAACCCGUGGACAGGAGAGGAAACCCAUCUUGCUUCACCUCGUCGUCAUGCUCAGUGUACACUCAGUCAGGUUGUCAGGGCCAAGCCUCCUGGAGCUCUAAACGUGAUCUUCGACCAUCUCGUGGUGUCUCGGCACAGAAACGCACGAGGGAGACAAGACCAGGGGUCCUCGGUCGGCAAGGAGACCCACUGGAAGUAACGAAAAGACACCUCAUGCGACUUAGAUGUGGAAACCAGUCGCGCUUGUCUUUAAUCAAGGGAUCAAGUUUUCUGCGUCAUCGCACUGUCUCACUAAAAUCACCGAGUCCUAAAGUAAGUCCGUGUCGGAGGCUUCCCAGUGCCAACUCUGUCAUUAAUAACUCUGCCAGUCAAGCGUCGGAGGAUCGGCAGGAGACACAGAGAAGUAAUCAGAGGAUGAGCGUGCCUCGCAUGUAUGAAGUCAGAAGCAGUGGGGUGCAGACAGAGGACAUCAUGAUCUGUCCAUCUAGCCACACCAGCGUCGUAUACCGGGAAGAGAAGCCCGAGAGCAACAACAUGUGCAGCUUGCAUGUGCGGGAAGGCCUGGAAACGAUGGACUCCUCCUUGUCUGUGUCGAGCCUUCAGCCUUAUGAAUAUUCUCCGAUGCGUGAGCGGUGGCACAGAGACGUCACCUCAGGGGAUACGUGUGCAGUUUGUGACUGCCGACAUGCAGUGAGUAACGCAUGUGCAGAACCAAUGGCUUCGAGGAGCCGCAGUGAGCUGCGGAGAGCUGGUCACUCCAGCGAAAAUUGUCUUCGGCGAUACUCGUUUCCCUGCAAUCAACGGAGCUUCGCCUCCAGGGGCCAGUGUGCGAGACUGCACAGACUGGGGAGAAGGAUCAGGGGCUUGAAGAGAGGGCCUGGCGUCAGUCUUCGUACCACAUGCACGGAUAGCGCUAAGGCACCCUUUGAGCACUUAGAAAGACGUCAGGUAAGCCAUCGACCAAGUGAGGUGGCGCACAAUCGACAAGCCUAUGAUUUUUCUAGCGCUACAGAGAGUCACGAAGAGAACCUAGGCUUGAGAGCAGACAAGACUGGCAGGACUCUUUACUAUCCUUAUUAUAGGAAUAGUAUCAAGGACUCAAUGCGCAACCAUUCAAACAACACCGUCAUUCCGCAAGCAAAAACAAAGGUUAGAAACGAAGAGCUUGACGGCGCCUGUGAAAGAUCGAAGACAGCGCAUUAUGAACACCCGCCGCGCACCAGAUCAGUGCUAGACGAUCAGUCAUCGCGGCGGCCUUCCGUCGUCCACAGUGCAAGGUCACGGGACUGUUUGGAGGCCGAACCUGACUUUGAUAAGGUGCCGUGCUCGUCUCGAGCGGGCCCAUAUAGGCCCAGUUCCUCACUCGUUGAACCGAUCACCACUGCCACCACAGACGACGACGACGACGACGACUACGACGAAACUCCGUCAAGAAAGGCUUCAGUCCGACUGGCCAAAGCUGGCCAUACGCCUGGCCCCCAAGAGACUCGCUGGAACAACACCGUAAGAGUCUGUAGUCAGGUCUACGCCCACGCCGGGGCCAGCGACGCCUCUGUCCCAAAGAAAAUGAAAGCAAGUCAGCGGUCUUUGCUCACAAACAGGCGUGAGUACGUGGGCCCUUUCUCGGGCCACGGCAGCACGCCUUGCGCGGAAAUGGACACAUGGAACACGGCCUCCGUGUCCACCGCCUGGCAGAAGUCAUGUCAAGACUUGCCGCCGCGAUGCGCGGUCCGCACCAUAGGGGACGCAGGCACUUCUGCUGCAGAUGGUAGCAACGAUGGCGGGCCGCGGCCAGGAGAUUCUCGGGGCACCGCAUGCUUCCAGGAAAACAGUUCCAAAUCUAAAAGAAUAAAAAAACGAAAGGCCAGAUUGUAUCACAAAGCCCGGCAGCUGCUCCGUCGGAUGUGCCACAUCAAAGGUAAAGAAGAGAUCCUUUUCAGAGCGGCUAUUCGACUCCAGCGAAAGCGUCUAGAAAUCCAGGAGCUUCAUUCUGCGAUGUUGGUGGCCGCGAAACAUUCGACACCACAGUCAGGGGACGAAGAUCAAAGGUCGAUUUCAUCAAUAUUGUACAGAAGAGCCCAGAAACUGGUAGCUGAUCAGAUGCUAAGUCACGAUGGCUGCGAAGGGGGAGACUCGAGAAAAGGUCAUCCACACCGGUCGCGGUCCACUCGACACCAUACCCAGCAUUACGCACACCAGUCCACCCAGCCAGACCGCUAUACCCCCUGUGAGCACGCCUCUGCAGGCGACAAAACAAAUGGCCAGCAAUGCAAAGUCAGUUGGGGAGAGUCACAGCAGCAGCAGCAGCAGCAGCAGCAGCAGCCGCAGCAGCCGCAGCAGGUGGGGGGUAGGGGAAGGUCGUCCACGUCGUCAGCAUCCGGCAGCACCGCCACCGGGUGCAAGGUGGGCGUGCACACUGAGAGCAGCGUCCACAAGGACGAUGACAGCGAUUAUGAUGACGAUGACGACGAGUCGUACUCGUCGGGCACUCGAAGCGAAGAUGAGGAGAAUAACCUGGAUGAAAAACCGUCCACAAGUAAACGAAGAUCGGACGCAGACACCGCAUCGGAGUCUUCUGACGACGAUUCCGAGGAUCCUACCAAGUGUGGCUUCUUCCGAGAGCAGUGACGUCACGAUCAGUCUCCUUUAUCCCUCCCUCAAUCCCGCACAUCCAUCCAAUCCUUGACUGUCUGCGAGACGACAGCCAAACAUGGUCGUUCUCUCCUCUCACCUGCUUGUGAUGAUGGCGAUGAAAAAGAGGAAGAAAAUCGCGAUGGCUGCGUGUUCUUCGCGACGCUGUUGUCUCUUCUCUCGUUCACUCACACACUCUGUAUGUCUCUCACACAUACACAUAAGAAUGUUUUUCCUCUACUCACUCCAUGGCUUUUCUAGAGUUGUUUUACAUGCAUUGAUGUCCACGUGUUUCUCUCUACUGCCUGUCUGUUCCUUCUCGUAAUAAAUUCUUGUUUUUAAAGAAUUAUAUAAUAUAGUUCCCGCUCACCCUGUAACGUGAGCCAUUUUUAUUUUUUUUUUAACGAUACGGGAUUCUGAAAUAUCUGCCUAUAGAAUGUCCAGAGUAAAGCAUCAAAUAGCGUAAAGAAGGUACUUUUUACUAUUCUUGCUUUGAAACGCAAAGCUUAGUUUUCCGUGCGAAAUUUGUCUUGCAGAAGAUCAAUAAAAUGCACGUUUCCCUCAUUUAAAAA